AUGCACGUCCUCGGCAACAUUGGCCACAGCUUCAGCCAGCGGCGAAAGACACACAAGCCCAAGGACCUGCACAUCCGCAAGGUGUCCUUCUCCGGCUGCUCCCUCUCGUCCGGCUGCUCGCUCUCGUCGUCAUCAUCGUCCACAUCGUCCACAUCGUCCACCUCCACGGCACGCGCACCCUUAUCGGCCAGAACGCCCAUCACCGGCUCCUCCUCGCCGGGCUGCUUCGGCCCCCUCAGCGCACACCCAACCUUCCACCCUCCGCCGCGGCUCCACGACCGGCCGCUCAUCAGCCCCGAGCGGUGCCGCGACCCGCCGGCGUCGACCUUUUUCGACGACUCCACCGACGACGAGGACUUGGGCGAGGACCACCAGAGCAUCGACGGCGGCGACUACACCGUCGUCGGCAGGGCGCAGGCGCUGCACUUUUCGCACCCGAGCGAGAUGACGAUGCCGCCGCCGGAGCAGCAGGUCGUCGACACCCCCGGCGCCGCCCAGGACUACUUCAUGCUGCAGCUGGCCACGAGGCGCCCGCCCAUGCCGCGCUCGCGCUGGUCCGAGUCGACCGUCCAGACGCUGGACCAGGACCUCUCGUCGGCAGACGACCUCGACCUCGACGAGACGCCGGGCUCCGACGCCCCCGGCCCGCUGGACGUUCCCAACUUUAGCCACAAGCGCAGCGUGUCCACGCCCAAGAGGCCGCCUAUGCGGUCGCUCGACAGCCUCGAGGACCUGAUCAAGCGGAGCGGCUGGAAGCGGCGCGGCGUCGUGUUCAACGGGAGCGAGAGCGAGAGCGACGCGGGGGCUGACUUGUAA